AUUUGGUUGGUCAUUUAGUUGAUUGGGUAGUUUUAUUGCCAAAAAAAAAAACUAAAAAAAAAAAAUCAAAAUCAGCUGGCACGAUUUUUUUUUCUUUCAAAAUCUUCAUUUUGUAAAUCAAAUUGAUUGAAAAACAUCUUUGUGUUUUUGUUUCGUGUUCCUGGAACGAUAUGGCAUCAGCUAGAAACGGUGGUGGUCAUCAUGGUCAUCGCCACCAUCAUCAUCGUCAAUAUCAUCGUGAUCAAUGUGAUGGUCAAUUGAAUACAAAACGUUUUGAAAUUCUAUUUCAAUCAAUACGUUUUAUAUUGAUAAUAUUAUUAGUAAUAAUAUUUAUAAUAAGUACAAUAUAUUUUAUACGUGCAAUCGAUGCAAUUGGUGAUGAUAUUGAUAGAGCCGGUGAAACACAUUUUGGUCAUGAAAUUGAAGAAAAUAUUCCAGAUGAUGAUAAUUUAUUGGUUUCGAGGAAAAAUUCUCGAUUCGAUCCAUAUAAAGAUUCUGAAGAUGAUCAUUAUCGUAAUGAAAAAACAGGACGAUUAAUCAAAAAUAAUGGCCAUAAUCAUUUUUAUCGUAUAACCAAUUCGAAUGAAAAACAUUAUCAUAUAAUUUCAUUAAUCAUAUGGGUUGUUUUAACAUUAUUUUGUUCAAUAUUAUCAUUGGUUGGUAUUUUGGGUGCGAUAUUCUUGAAUCCAUGUAUGGUAUUAUUUUCGGCCAUAAUGAUAUUGGUACAUACAAUUUGUUCACACAUUCUACCAAUAUUUCAAAUAACAUUUCCAAAUUUAACAUCAAAUUGGUUUCUAUUGGCAUUGGAAGUACCAACAAUCAGUUUUGCAAUAUUAUUUGUAUUAAUAUUUCGUAUUCGUCAAAAACGUAUUGUUAAUGAUUGGAAACAAAGACGUAUUCUUUAUUGAUUUAUGAUUCGAUUUUUGAUUUGAUUUGAUUGAAUUAAC